AUGGACUUGUUGCCCGUAGAAUCGCCGCAGAUCUUGAGUAAGAAGAAACACGGGUUCCGUUCAUUGAAAUUGGUCAACGUUAACCUAGACGAUGUGUUGCCGGAGCCGCCGUACGGCGUCGACUACGGCCGGCUUGAUAAUGGACUGGCUUAUUAUGUGCGCUGUAAUUCCAAACCCAAAAUGCGAGCCGCUCUUGCCCUCGCUGUUAAGGUUGGCUCAGUUUUAGAAGAGGAGGAAGAGCGAGGAGUGGCUCAUAUAGUUGAGCAUCUAGCUUUCAGUGCCACUACAAAAUACACAAAUCACGAUAUUGUUAAGUUUCUUGAAAGCAUAGGGGCCGAAUUUGGUGCCUGUCAAAAUGCCAUAACAUCUGCUGAUGAAACUGUUUAUGAGUUAUUUGUUCCAGUUGACAAACCUGAACUAUUAUCUCAGGCCAUUUCAGUCUUGGCAGAGUUCAGUUCAGAGGUUCGUGUCUCAGAAAAUGACUUGGAAAAAGAAAGGGGAGCUGUAAUGGAAGAGUAUAGAGGAAGCAGGAAUGCUAAUGGAAGGAUGCAGGACGCUUAUUGGGUUCUCAUGAUGGAAGGUUCAAAAUAUGCAGAGCGUUUACCCAUUGGACUAGAAAAGGUAAUCCGUACUGUUUCCCCAGAGAUCGUGAAAAAGUUCUACAAGAAAUGGUACCAUUUGCAGAAUAUGGCUGUGAUUGCUGUUGGAGAUUUUCCUGACACACAGAGUGUUAUUGAGUUGAUAAAGACUCAUUUUGGAGAGAAAGUCCCACCUGUUGAUCCCCUACUUAUACCACACUUCUCAGUUCCAGCACAUGAGGAGCCACGGUUUUCAAGCUUUGUGGAAUCUGAAGCAGCUGGGUCGGCAGUGAUGAUCAGUUGCAAGAUUCUCGCAAAUGAGCUGAAAACUGUGAAGGAUUACAGGAAUUUACUAGCAGAAUCCAUGUUUUUUCAUGCUAUGAACCAAAGGUUCUUUAAAAUAUCCCAUAAGAAGGAUCUUCCCUAUUUUUCUUGCUCAGCUGCUGCAGAUGUCAUUGUUCAUCCAGUGAAGGCCUAUAUAAUGACUUCAUCCUGUAAACAGAACGGGACUGCCGAGGCACUGGAAUCAAUGCUGACUGAGGUUGCGAGGGUCCGUAUACAUGGAUUUUCUGAACGUGAAAUAUUGAUUGCCCGUGCGCUGCUGAUGUCAGAGAUUGAAUCUGCCUAUCUGGAGCGAGAUCAAAUUCAAUCCACGAGCUUACGAGAUGAAUAUAUGCAGCAUUUUCUUCGAAAUGAACCUGUUAUUGGGAUUGAACAUGAGGCACAGCUUCACAAAACUCUUCUUCCUAAUAUAUCAGCAUCUGAGGUAUCCAAAUAUUCAGAGAAUUUUCGGACAUCAUGUAGCUGUGUCAUAAAAACAAUAGAGCCACAAGCAACUGUGACAGUGGAUGAUUUGAAAGCUGUAGUUUUGAGGGUCAAUUCUUUGGAGGAAGAAAGAAGCAUUUCUCCCUGGGAUGAUGAACACAUUCCAGAAGAAAUUGUCAGUACAAUGCCAAAUCCAGGUCUCAUAGUGCAGCAGUUUGAAUAUUCCAGUAUUGGUGUGACUGAGUUGAUUCUUUCAAAUGGAAUGCGAGUUUGCUACAAAUGCACAGACUUCCUUGAUGACCAGGUUUUAUUCACAGGUUUUUCAUAUGGGGGUUUAUCUGAACUCCCAGAAUGCGAAUAUUUCUCGUGUUCAAUGGGUCCAACUAUCGCUGGAGAAAUUGGUGUAUUUGGUUAUAGACCAUCAAUGCUCAUGGACAUGCUUGCUGGUAAAAGAGCUGAGGUUGGCACAAAGCUUGGAGCUUACAUGCGAAGCUUUUCCGGAGAUUGCUCACCUUCAGACUUGGAAACUGCAUUGCAGUUGGUAUAUCAACUUUUUACAACAAACCUAGAACCAGGUGAAGAAGACGCCAAAAUAGUGAUGCAAAUGGCUGAAGAAUCUGUUCGUGCGCAAAAUAGAGAUCCUUACACUGCUUUCUCAAAUCGUGUGAGGGUGCUCAAUUAUGGAAACUCUUAUUUUUUUAGGCCAAUUGAACUUGGCGACCUUCGGAAAGUUGAUCCAUUCAAAGCGUGUGAAUACUUCAACAACUGUUUUAAGGAUCCAUCAAGUUUUACUGUCAUCAUUGUCGGGAAUAUUGAACCUACUAUUGCACGCCCUCUAAUACUGCAGUAUUUGGGAGGGAUCCCUAGACCAUGUGAACCAAUCAUGAAUUUCACACGUGAUGAUCUCAAAGGCUUACCAUUUACUUUUCCUUCUGCUGUAAUUAGAGAAGUUGUUCACAGUCCCAUGGUGGAAGCCCAGUGUUCCGUCCAGCUGUGCUUUCCUGUCGAACUUAAGAAUGAAAAUAUGAUGGAAGACGUUCACAUGGUAGGAUUCAUGAGCAAGCUUCUCGAAACAAAGAUAUUACAAGCACUUCGUUUUAAGCAUGGGCAGAUAUACUCUGCUGGAGUUUCCGUGUUCCUAGGUGGAAAUAAACCUUCAAGACUGGGUAACAUUCUUGGUGAUAUAAGUGUUAAUUUUUCAUGCGAUCCAGACAUCUCAUCUACGUUGGUCAAUCUUGCGUUGGAUGAAAUUCUACGUCUUCAGGAGGAGGGACCUUCUGAUGAUGAUGUUCUAGCCAUCCUUGAAAUUGAGCAGAGGGCUCAUGAAAAUGGAUUACAGGAGAACUAUCAUUGGCUGGAGAGGGUUUUGCACAGCUACCAGUCGAGAAUUUAUGCUGGUGAUGCUGGUGCUGCAUUCAAGGUUCUAGACGAGGGUCGUUCCAAAGUAAGAAAUUCUUUGACACCGGUAGCAGCUCAGACGGCACUGCAAAGGAUUUUACCUUUUCCUUGCAAAGAGCAGUACACUGUAGUAAUUUUAAUGCCUCAAGCUUCUCGUUUGAAGUCCCUAAAAUCUUUCAUCUGCUCUAUGCCAGUUCAAUAUUCUAGAGAUGCAAAGAUUUUUGCUGCCAUUGCUGGUUUUGCUAUUUUAGGUCUUAGUUUAUGGAAACGCUCACGAAGUGCACUGAAAUCCUCGUGA